AUGGAGAGCCUCUAUGUCACCCACGCACCUCUCCCCCAGCCGCACGCUUAUGAAUCCCGUCAUCAGUCUGCCUGCUGCCAACGACCGCCCCUCUCUAACACGCAAAUGACCUUUUUCUUUUUGGCACUUUUGUUCUUCCCUGCAUGUCACCUGCGCGCUGGGAUGUCCCGAGGACCAGGUCCAUCAGCACCUCCCGUCUUCCAUCGGAGCCAGAAAAAAAAAACAGCUUUACAUAAUACCUUCUUUUCCUUCCUCCGCUAUAAGCGUCGUCAUCGGUUCGCAAUGCUUACUGCACUUUUCCAUCACCGCUCUCUACACUUUCUGAUUACGUCGAAGACAGCGGCUGGUGUGGGAUCCAGCGGUGUGAUUUGGAAGCCGACGCGUUUCGUGAUUGCCGUGUGGAUGGUUGUGUUAGUGUGGUUUGUAUAGCUCUCGUUGUUCUAGGUAGCUCCGGUGGGUGGGUAAGGCAUGUCAUCCGAUUUGCCUUGUUGUAGGGCUUACUCAGGCGGAUAUCGCCGCUAUGAGUCGGGUCAUUGGUUGGUUAUUUGGUUGGGGGCCUAGUUUUCUUUCUUCUGGAAGAGGUGUGGAAUGUCGGGUUUCGAUUGUGUAAGGUGGCAUAUAGGUUCUCAGGUACGUUAUCAGCUGUGCUUUUCAAAGAUGCUGAAUAUGUAUCAACGCUUCGUUUCUUGGACUUUUGUAUUUGGCUCUUUGUUCUCGUGGUGGUGGGCCGGGCCCAUUGAUCACGAUGCUCACGCAUCGUAAAUCU